AUAUACUUCCUUCUUUGUGCAUUCUAUUUCAGUUUAGCUUCUAUCAAGUUAUCUUACUAGAACAACAUGAAUUACCAAGCAACGCAUCAAUAUGAAUUGUAUCAAAAGAAAACGACAAUUUUUUCUACAAUAAUAUUCAAUACCUCUUCGAGUGUUUAAAUUGUUGAUAGAUAAAAAAUUAAUAAUCUAAUAAUACAUUGUCAGAAUAAUUGUACUCAACAUAAAUUUGCGAUACACUUUUCAAGAUAAGCAGUUUACUAAUUUGCUACUCUUUACAAAAUAUCAAGUUAUUUAAUGCCAUAAUGAUCAACUGAGAGAGGGGACAAGACAAGACAAGGGGAGGGGAUCUCUCUCGUGUUCUUACACAGUUGCUACUCAAAAAAUAACAGACAUCAGUUGGUGAGAACGUGAACUGUUGUGUAUGAGUGUAUGAUUGAUAUUUUUUCACGUUGCACAACUCUAUAACUAUUUACUACAAUGUCGGGGCCAAAAGUUAAAAUUGGAAUUAUUGGUGGAUCUGGAUUAGACGACCCAUCAAAGCAAAUUUUCCAACCACGAAAUAUUAUAAAGAGAGAAGAUGCAAAAAACGAUUUCGGAUUACCAUCAAGUCAUUUAUAUGUAGGAUCGAUAUCAGGUGUCGAAGUGGUAUUACUAUCAAGACACGGUCCAGGACAUAAAAUUUCGCCCACUGGAAUAAACUACCGGGCUAACUUGGAGGCAUUCCGGAAUCUCGGGUGCACUCACGUUUUGGCUUCUACUGCUUGUGGAUCUUUAGCCGAAAACAUAACUAAAGGGCAGUUGGUUAUUCCUAACGAUUUCAUCGAUCGAACUAUUCAUCGUAAAAAUACUUUCUAUGACAAUACUUCUGAAUAUUAUGAAGGAGUUCGACAUAUUCCCAUGUUCCCAGCAUUCGAUUGUAAAACAAUGGACUUGAUUGAACAAGCAGCACAAAAUCUCGGAAUCUCUGUCAUGAAAGGAGCAACUGUUGUAACCAUCGAAGGGCCUCGUUUUUCUUCGAGAGCAGAAAGCAAUAUGUUCCGUCAGUGGGGUGGUCAUCUUAUAAAUAUGACUACUUGUCCUGAGGUUUAUUUAGCUAAAGAAGCAGGCCUUCUUUAUGCGUCUAUAGCAAUAGCAACUGAUUACGAUUGUUGGAAAGAAUCAGAAGACAAUGUCUGUGUAUCAGAUGUUUUGGCAAUUUUUAAACAAAAUGUUGAAAAAGUGACCUCACUUUUAAUCAAAAGUGUUGAGUUGAUAGGCCAAGAAGAUUGGACUCAGAGUAUUACUAAUGCUAAGAAUUUGGUGAAGAAUAGCAAUGUGACUCAUUAAUUGCAAAAAUAUGCUCCUAAACCAUAAAAUGUGAUAGAAGUAGACUUUAUUAUUGAUUAAUAUUUUUAUUAUUAGGCAACUUUAAAUUAAAAAUGUUCAUGAUAAGCUUUAAAUUUCAAGAAAAAUAAAAUAUCGUUUUUACAUUUGAAAAAAUACUGUUAUUAACAUACAAAAUCAUAUUUCGAAUGUGUCAAAUCAACAAUCAAUCACUUACUUCAGUACAUAUUUUAUAGUUUCAACGGUUGAUAAACAAUCUAUCAAGUGUGUGCAAGCUCCACAGCUUCUUAUAUACUAUAUUUCUAGCAUGCGAACCAUAGAAUUUUUCGUCAGUAUUAAUUAGUAAUAGCAUCUUCCUAUGACCAAUCGAGAAACAGUUCUUGCAAGUAUGACAGCGUUCAACUGAGAACAGUCUAAUUGAACACCCAAUUAAUGACGUCGUUUUAUAGGCAGCAACUUACGUUUGCUUCUUCUUAACUACAACCCAGAAAGAAAGAAAGAACGAAAGAAAGAGGAAGAAACAGAAAGAUGAAUUUUCAUAAACACACCGGGCUCUACGUUCUCUCCCUGCGUUCUAUAGAAAUGCGUAGAAAGCCAACGUUAAGCGCGAUUCACUGCCUUAAUUAGUUUGCGCUGCCGUUAGCCUGUCACACUAGUUGGUAACUGGAUAUAGUUUCCAAUUGUAGGAAAUCUUGACUAUCAUCCCAUAUCUAUGUAAACCAAACCUCGAGAACAAGUUAUAUAUUUGGAACGGAAAGUUAGAUGGAAAACAAAGAAGCAUAUUAAUGUCAACGAAUACAAGAGACAAGUGGGUGUAUUUGCACAAGUCUUAAGCUUAAUGUUCGAACGAACAGUAUUUUGUGUCGUAAAUUAUUCCACAUUCCCGUAAAAUUAGAACUGCACAAUUUUUCGAACAAUCGAAUUAUUAAAAAAACGUCAACCAAACAUUACCAACUACACUGAAAAUAGCUGGAGGACAACGAUGGAUAUAGGAAUUCUCAUUCAACGAGGAGGGCUGUUUUUUUGCAUAAUUAAAAAGACUAAUUAGCGAAUAUUCAUGUUCAAAUAUCAUAUUUACGCACACAUGAUGGUCAUGCAGAUUUAAAUUAAAAUUUAAGGUAGUGAAAACAGAGACGACGAAGAGGUGACAAGCCUGCUGCUGGGUUUAAAAGAACGAGCCUCAAUAUUUAGCAGUCGCUGAGUUUAUUAUAGUUAAAACUGUGACGAAAUUGUUUGCUCUGUAAAUAUUAAUAAACGUAAUAAAUUUUUCUGAAACUCCAUGUACACUGUAGACAUUCAUUUGACUUUUCGAUGCUUUUUUGCUCAGUUCCUUGUACUUGCGUUAUUCUUUUUUCGAAUGUACUUAUUAUUUAUUUUUUCCUUGCUCUGACGGUAUGGUAUGAACUUUUUAUAAAAAAAAAGUACGUUUAAAUGUUAGUUCUUUCGGAUUGUUUUAAAGCAAUAAAAACAUAGAGUAUUAGUCAUAAAAAUAAAUAAUAGUGAACCAAUCAUCAAUAUAAAUUUACAGAUAUCGUUAAAGGUUAUAGAACGUUUGAUUCUUUCAACUCAUGCAGGUGUCACACAACACGCUGCAAGUAUACUCUUCAGUCUCUUCGCCCCUCAAUACACGUGCACGCAUGCGAGGGUAAAUAUUCGCCCCCGGAAUUAUCUCUACGUCCACGAGUGUGAAAUCUCCUAGUAUUCAUUUACGCAAGCCGGGUAUAGAGCUUUAAUGCGACAAAAGUGUAAACAUCUGCAACCGCUAUCUAUACCACCGUGGCUCUUUGUGAAAUUUGCAAGUAACGGGGCACAAAUCGUGGCGGCCCCAUGGUACAAUAAGACUUGCUCUCUCGGUGGUGCUACUGCUGCUGUUGCUGCUGCUGCUGCCUAGGCGCGUUUCCAUCGAUGCGUCCUUUCAGAAUUUGACAAUAUACACGUGUUUAUAUACCCAUUUCAUACUAUAUAAAUACAAUUUCAGCCACCGAGAAUUAAUUUGACAGUCGUAGAGUUUCCGGGGGUACAUUCAUCUACCUCGCUCGAAACUCUCUUACAA